AUGGGGUCUGCAUCCUCCAAGCCCGCCGUGCACACCGUUGCCGCCGUCGAGAGUCACCAUGAGAAGCACGCGGCUGUCGAUGAUGUCGCCGCCGCUCUGUCCAGCCUCUCGGUCAAGUCAACGGAUGGCUCGCUCUCCUUUGCCAACAUCGACUCUUGGGAGUCCGAGAUCGCUGCAAAGCCUGAGCUAGUUCUCUCCCGCACCAUCCUGAACCACUCCAACAUCCGCUCCGCCCUAAUGUCUCGCUCUGCUCAGAUUGGGGACACGCACGUCUUCAACACCGAACUUAACUUCAAGACGGGUCCCGUUACUAAUCAGAAGUCCUCCGGACGCUGCUGGCUCUUCGCGACGACCAAUGUGCUGCGCUACAACAUCAUGAAGAAGCUCAACCUCGAGGAUUUCCAGUUCUCCCAGGCAUACCUCUUCUUCUGGGACAAGCUGAACAAGGCCAACUACUACCUUGAGCUCACGAUCCAGCAUGCGGACCUUGCCAUUGACGAGCGCAUCGUUACCCACACAGCCCAAGACCUCAUCGGUGACGGAGGACAGUGGGACAUGGUCGUUAAUAUCCUCGAGAAUUACGGUCUUGUGCCGCAAUCGGUCUAUCCCGAAUCACUACACUCCUCACUUUCCGGCCCGCUCAAUACCCUCCUCAAGACCAAGCUGCGGGAGCACGCCCUGGUCCUCCGCUCGCUAGCAUCGUCUCUUCGCAGUGCCGCGCAGCCUCUUUCUGAGGAGGCUAUCCUGAGCGCGCUUCGUGCGAAGAAGGAGGCGCUCAUGAAGGAGGUUUACACGGUCAUGAGUGCUACCCUCGGCGUUCCUCCUAAGGCACACGAGAAGUUCGUGUGGGAAUACUAUGACAAGGACGGCAAGUCGGGACACUGGGAAGGCACCGCGCUCGAAUUCUACAAGACGUUUGCUAUCGAUAAGUACUCGCCCUCGGAGUCGUUCUCGCUUAUCAACGAUCCUCGUAACGAAUAUGGUAGGUUGUACAGCGUUGACAAGCUCGGAAACGUCUGGGGCGGGCGCCCGGUGCUCUAUGUCAAUACUGUAAUGGACGAUCUCAAGAACGCUGUCGUAAAGAUGGUGAAGGCCGGUCAACCUGUGUUCUUCGGCUGUGAUUCGGGCCAAUUCUCAGACAGCACCGUCGGGAUUUUCGAUACCGCGCUGUACGAGUACGAGAUGGCGUUUGACAUCAAUUUUGGUCUCUCCAAGGCCGACCGCCUGCGCACCAGCGAGUCCGCGAUGACGCACGCGAUGGUCAUCUCCGGCGUGCACCUCGAUGCUGCGGGCAAGCCCCUGCGUUACAAGGUCGAGAAUUCAUGGGGCGACGAGGCGGGCAACAAGGGCUACUUCGUUAUGUCUGAUGCGUGGUUCGAGCAGUUCGUGUACCAGGUCGUCGUCCCGAAGGCGUUCGCGCCCAAGGAGCUCGUCAAGGUAUUCGAUGGCGGCGACGCGACGCUCCUGCCGCUCUGGGACCCGAUGGGUGCUCUGGCGUGA